AUGGCUGCCACUAAAAUACACAUUCACGAAAAUGACAAAACUGUUUCAGAUUUUUUGUGCAAAUUUGUUGUGCAGAAAGCAAAUCAAGCUAUUCAGCUGAGCGGGACCUUUUCUGUAGGUCUCUCAGGUGGCAGCCUUGCCAAGUUCCUUUGUGAAGGACUCCCAUCUUUAGAGACAGACUGGUCCAAGUGGAGAGUUUUCUUCUGCGAUGAGCGACAUGUGUCGUUCGAGGAUACAGACUGCACUUACAAAUACUACAAAGAUAACCUUUUUGGAAAGGUCCCCUUGUCUGAUGAGCACAUCUACAAAAUAAAUCCUGGUGUAACAGUUGAAAAAGCAGCUGAGGAUUAUCUUGCCAAGAUUCGCCAAGUCUUCCCUGGAAAAGAUGUGCCAAGGUUCGAUAUGCUGUUACUUGGAAUGGGACCAGAUGGACACACAUGCUCAUUGUUUCCGGGUCAUCCUUUAUUAAAGGAAACUAAAGUACUCAUCGCUCCAAUCAGUGAUUCCCCCAAGCCUCCACCCAAGCGCAUCACAAUGACAUUUCCUGUUGUGAACAAUGCUGCCUGCUGUGUGUUUGCCUCAUGUGGAGGUGGCAAAGCAGAGAUGAUUCAGAGAGUCCUAGAAGGCAAGGAAGCCGUCCCUCUCCCAGCUGCCCGAGUACGACCUAAGAACGGUGAACUGCAUUGGUUUCUCGAUGUCCCUGCUGCAAGCCUCUUACAAAAGAAAUGACAUUCACUUUCAUGUACUUGAGAUGAUGAUCAUAAAUCUGUAAGGACAGUGACAAUUUAGGAUAGAACUCCUUGUGUGUUUGUCAGGGAGUUAACAGUGAGAGUAUUUCCGAUUGUGUUUCUGUAUUUUCCUUCUGUGGGGUAAGAGACGCUUUCGAGCUUAUUUGGAUUUCCUAUACUCAUGCUGCAAUGCUCUCAUCAUUCAGGGAAAAUCUGAGACAGAAUGAAUCAGAGUGCAUUGCACUCAAUGUUCAAAGAAAUCUGGUGCCGGAUUUAAAGAGCUCUAUACGCACAAGGCAGGAUAGGAUGUUCAUUACCGCAUAUCUAAGCUAUGUUCUUCAGUUUCGGGGAAUCCACAGUAUAAUAACUAAGACUGGUAUCUAAGAAUCAUGUACAUGUAUACAACUCCCAGUAAGCCUACAUGUAUAGUUUGCCUGAGGUUGUCUCUGCUAACAUAUCUUGCAGUUUAGCCAUGUGUUGCACACUCAUUUGUUUCAAUAAAAACUUAAUUCUAGUUACUUGUUUUGGUAGACGCUGCCUGAUCGCAAUGGAUAAGAACUGGUAGUUCCGAGGGUAUUUUGAGUCUACAUGUAUCAUGUAAUGGCUUAUGGUAUUUAUUCCAAAUAAAUGUGCUAUUUACAACU